GAAAUUAUUGUAUUAUUUACUUGUAAUGAAUAUCAAAUAAAAUGAUGUUAAAAUAAUACGAUAUAGCUAAAAGAAAUAAUAAUGAAUUCUCUAUAAACAUAAAAGUAAAUAAGGUUGUACCGAUUAAAGGUAUAAUAUCAUAAUAAAACUGCGCAACCGGUAACCUCAACAAUGAGCGAAUCAUCUUGUUAUAUCUUGGACAAUGGAGCUUAUACAGCCAAAGCUGGUUUCUCCACAAUGGAACCGAAAGUAGUCCCUAACUGCAUAAUGAAAGCUAAAUCUGAAAGACGUCGUCCUUUCGUCGGAUCGCAAAUUGAAGAAUGUCGUGAUGCGUCAGGUCUAUUCUACAUCUUACCAUUUCAAAAAGGGUUCCUUGUGAAUUGGGACACGCAAAAAACCAUCUGGGACUUCAUAUUUAGCAAAGAAUGUUGUCCAGUGAACUUUAGUGAGACUCCAUUGAUCAUUACGGAACCUAUAUACAAUUUUUCGUCAAUACAAGAAGCUAUAACGGAAAUAUUCUUUGAGGAGUAUGAGUGUCAAUCAUUAUUACGUAUAAACGCAACAGAUUUAGCUGAAUAUCACUAUAGGAAGACACAUAAUAACGAAUGCACUGUUGUUGUUGAUUCGGGUUAUAGUUAUACAUAUAUAGUACCUUAUAUUAAAGGUAAGAAAUAUAAGGAAGGUAUACGAAGGAUAGAUGUCGGUGGGAAAGUUUUAACGAACCAUUUGAAAGAGAUUCUGUCUUAUAGACAGUUAAAUGUUAUGGAAGAAAGUUAUGUAAUCAAUCAGGCGAAAGAGGACUCUUGUUUCGUAUCACAAGAUUUCAUGGCGGACAUGGAAAUAGCAAGACGGAAAGGAUCAAGUAAUACAAUUGUAAAAGAUUAUGUCCUGCCAGACUACACCACAAUAAGAAGAGGAUACCUUCGAGACAUUGUCAAACCUGAUGAGGACCUCGAACAACAAACAUUACGUUUAAAUAAUGAACGGUUCUCUAUACCGGAGCUUCUAUUCAGACCCUCAGAUGUGGGAAUACCACAAAUGGGGAUACCAGAAGCAAUAAUGCAUUCGAUUGAGGGAUGUCCAGAAGAAAACAAGGAGAGUUUGCUAGAAAAUAUAGUUUUGUAUGGUGGCAACACACUUUUUCCUGGUUUUCGUGAUCGAGUUUUUAACGAAGUUAGGGCUUUCGCAUUGGACCAUUUUGAAGUUAAUGUUACUUUGGGGGAGAAUCCCGUAACUUAUGCAUGGGAAGGGGGGAAAUUGAUGUUUAGGGAUCCCGAUUUCUACUCAUUCUGUAUGACUAGAGAGGAAUAUGAAGAAGAAGGAAAGGCACUAGCAUUUGAGCGAUUUGACAUAUAACGGCGCAAACGAGCAAGGAAGUCUUCGGAGUAGACACUUUGCUCGGUAAACAAUAGUCGGAUGAAAUGUACGAGUGGGUUAUUUCGAAACAGGUCUGGGCUUGACAUUUAUGGAGGGAAUUCACUGAGAGAACUGACAAUAAUGAAAGAUUUAUAAUAUAAUAUGGUCAAUGUUAUAUGCCAUACAAUAUUCAAACUAAUGGAAUAAAAUAGAAUGGUAAUAAAAAAACAACAAUAGAAGUUAAUUUAAGUGAAAAUAAUGCUUUUACGGAAC